AUGACGGCUUUUAAUGGAUCCUUUUUGUACCACCCAGACUCUGCCGGGCACCACAUCUUCGACCUGAAUCUGGCCUUGAUCAUCGUGUCGACAGUAUUGGUAUUCCUCCGCCUCUCCGUGCGGGGGUUCUUGGUCAAGGCAUUAGGAUGGGAUGACCUAAUUGCAACCAUCGCCUGGGCACUCUGUGUGACGCUCUCGGCCCUCGAGAUGGAUACAACCCACUACGGCACGGGUGCCCAGAUGAAAGACGUACCUCAAGAGACGCUCCUUCAAUUCACCAUGAGGCUUACCAUCAUGGAGCUCAUCCAUUUCAUCGCCUCAGGAGCAGUUCGAUUAGCGAUCCUAGCGUUUCUGCCUCGCCUAAGCAAAAACAGGGUAUACAGAUGGCUUUUAUACGGCCUCAGCACAAUCGUUGUAGCUGUGAGCCUGACUGGGGUUUUCUUCAUGUUGACAGAAUGCUCGCAAAUACCCGACGUCUUCAACUAUGCCGCUUCUUGGAGGCAGUGUAGAGACAAACGUGAUGAGCGCUUGAUGGUGCUUUCGCAGUCCAUCAUCUGGAUAUUCGUCGACUUCAUGCUGGUGGCCCUCCCGCUCUGGGUCGUUGCGAGCUACCGCCAGAUGGGCAUCAAAGCGAUUCAGAUCUUGCUCGUUUUCUCUCUCGGUAUAUUCGCUGUCGCGACUGGUAUCGCUCGGUUCAUCAUAAUUCUCACCACCGACUUCAGCGAUAACACAACAUACAAGAUGCUGCAUAUUGCAAUAUGGACUGAUGCCGAGGUCCACGUCGGACUUUGGGUUGGUUGCUUUCCGGCGCUGCAACCAUUGAUCAGACAUGCGUCGUCCAUGAUGGGGCUGCGAGGUCAGCCGCAAAGCAAAACUUGGAGGAGUAGGACGGAUACGGCCAUCUCCGCGAAUCCGCCCAACAAAAAAAGUGUCGUGAACGGGUCGCCGCGCAGCUCGAGCAAUUUUCGGAGCGAGCUUUCAGAAAACCAGCCCAAGGGAAGCCCGGCGGAUCGCAUCGAGAUGGUAGAUCUGGAGAAGGGACAGGACAGAGGACGAAUCCUCCAGCAGAGAGACCUCAUGUUCGAUGUCGAUCUCAGCGACACGCCAGAUACGGCAAAUGAAGGAAAGAAUGCUAGUGGUUAG